AUGGCCGAAAUUGCCUUACCCCGACACCGGGCUACACAGUCGCAGUCUGGUAUCGGCUCACCGCUCUACCAGCGUCGACAACACUCCAAUGCCGGCCCCAUUGAGCUCAUCCCCAACCCGGAAUUCUCCUUCCCCAUGCGAGGGCCAGAUACUGCCUCCUCAGAACCCACACCGAUUACCUCGCGGCCAAUGUCGCUGCAAGCCUAUCCAACUGGCCGUCGAGGCUCCAUGCCGCACCACAGACAGAAAUCAAUCAACGCUUUGCCAGACUUCUCCUUCAAUCCUGCAGGACCAGCCAAGCCAGCCGCCGAAUCAUCACCACCGCAGUCGCCAGCAACGCUACCUGUACCGGUAUCUCCCUCAAAGCCGACACAUGGCCACAGGAGGGGUGGAAGCGAAUUCAUUGGCGGUGAUGUGCGACCAGGCGGUACCGCGUUGAUGAGCAGCAGUCCGACAAAGGGAGAGGAUGCUCUUCCCGUACCAAGCUCGACACUACGUCCUGGUCCUCCAGCAGGCCGUCGCGGACACGCUCACCGUCGCUCGGGUGCCAUCUCCUCUCACGACCUGACCUCUAUUAUGAAUCCACCUGCUCCACCACGGACUGGCAGCGCGCCCAACACACCCUCUGAAGGCAACCAAUUCGCAUUCGGCCACAAGUUCAACAGAUCUGUCUCGCAACCAUCACUACGCGAAAACAGCGCAGAGGACGAUUCGAAUGCGCGACCACCGUCAAGGGCUCGGGUUACGUUCUCCGAUAGAAUCGAGACCAUCCGUCCUCUCUCAACCAUCUCUUCCGAGACCGAAAUCUCUACCCUCAGAGGGCACUCAGCCGCAAACAGCCUUUCCUCCAUUGUUAGUAGUACCAGCCCGGCGCCUGUUCGACCAGGACGCCCAACACCACUAAACACGAUUGGAGACGAGGACCGACCAAGCACAGCCGGAAAAGUGUUGGACCAGUUCAUGGGCAGCCGUCUGAAUGGCGAGGUCCAGGAACGUAAGCGACCCAUGUCCGCUAUUUCGCCCAUAUCGCCAACUGCGCCCAUUCCGAAAGUCCAGGCUAAGCGAAGGAGUCUCUUCCAAAAGGAUCCUCGCCGCAGCGAUAACUCGGUCCCCACCCUUCCUACCAGCGCUUCUGAUCCAGCGCUCUCUAAAUCUUUCGACACACCACUCGUAUCACCCACCAAAGACGACCAGCCAGUAGAAGCCUCUGAGAAGCCGAAAGCAGCUUCGCGCAAAAGCGGUCGCAAACCCAGGAAGGUCAAGACUUGGGCAAACUCGAUCAUCACCAGGAAGGGUAAGCACAGCAAGAAGGGGAAGGCAAGGUCCCCCACACCACCACCAAAUGCUGUUAUGGAUUCCGAAGACUCCGAUGAGUCCGAGGAGAUGGACUUUGAGCCCAACUUUGACGAUGACACCACCGUCACUAUCGUCUCCCCGAGCGAGAAUGCUGUUCCCUUGCCAAAGAUCGACACCAACUAUGCCUCUUGGCAGCCACGUGAGCUGAAGCGUGUCGAUUCUGAUAUUAUGAGCCCAGUUAUCGACCUUGAUGCAGCACUCGGACCUUUCAACACCCCUAACGGCACCAGCCCUCGGAACCACCAGCGGGGCUUUUCGGCACAUAGACGAGCCAUGCACAGUGCUGGUGGUGUCGCACCCUCACAUCGGAGGACCGAGAGUGCGCCCGAAUUGGUGCCGUUUGAGCACCGACCGUCAGCAAUUGCCAACGCUUCUCCCAUGGCUGACGUGUUCGAAGAGGAGGAACCGGAAGACGACGGUCUAACUCUUGCUCUUCCAGCAAAGAGUGCGAAGGCGGAGCCUGCUGUUGCAGACGCUGAAGAGCCGAAGAUAUCAGUUGUUGAGACAGAUGCGAAGCAGGUAGGAACUGCUAUCAACUGGAACUUCAACGACGGCCUCGGCAUCAAGCGUACUGCGAAGCAAAACGAAGUUGAAUCAUCAGAGCCAUUGUCCCCUCGGGCAGUUCCACCUGUUGAGUCGACUAAGAACACACAUCAGCAAACACAAGCAUCAGAGCCUGUUGAGGUCGUCGAAGAUCACGAGGAGCCCCGAACAUCAUCGCUCACACAUUCUUCCGACUCCACCGUUACCGCUCAGCCCAUCGAAGAUUCGCCAAAGCAUCACCAGCCCGUCAUGAACUUGUCUCUUCCGCUGGGUGAGCAGAGUCUGAUGACACCCGACACCGUCACCUCUUCGUUUUCAUCGCCAGAUUGCCGAUCUAGUCAGAUCUCGUUCGAUACUGGCCGUGGAGGCACCGCGGCUUCCUCGAUGACGGAUUACCCUGUGAUGCCUUCUCCUCGUUUUGGCGAGCCUGGACCUGAAGUUCGCAUGUCUACGGAGGUUCCGUCUCUAACUUCGUCUAGGUCGACGAUGACUAGCGCAAUGCAGAAUGCUUUUCCGCUUCCUAGUCCUCGUCGGUUCGGUGACCGCACGUCAUCUUUGUCUUCUGAUCCCAGUGAGAUGGAGUCACGCCGUCGCAAGCGCUCCAGUAUUGCUAGCCUGUCAAGGCUGAUGGGGACCUCCUCGUCUUCCUUCAGCGAACGGAGCAAGCUUUCUAUCGAGCAGCGUCCACAAUCAGAACACCGCGAGCCCACUAAGGACAAGAAGAAGAAGAACAUUGGAAGCAGACUGAAGAAGUUCUUCCAGCACACCAGAGACUCUUCCCCGUCGAAGACCUGA